AUGGAGAACUCAAGUCGAACGGAUGAAAUUAAAAGCGUAACCAUACUCCCGACUUCAACAGCUGAUUGCGAACGAGGAUUUUCAGAUAUGAACAUGACAAUAACUGAUUUGAGGACUAGUUUAAACAUCGAAAAUGUGUCAGAUUUGAUAUUCAUCUCUACUAAUGGCCCUUCAGUUGCAGAUUUCAAUCCACGACCUUAUGUGAAGAUUUGGUUGAAAGAUCACCGUUCAGCAGUUACAGCUCUACGAGAUAAGGAACGACAAGAAUCAAACGAUGAAAAUAAGUUGCAGAAAAUGUUUUUUACCAAUAAGACAUCCAGUGCAAAUCCAGUCGAGAUUUAUGCUCGAGAUGUUUCUGAAUCAGACGAACGUUCGAGCAAAAAAUACUCAGAAUUAUGUAGAGAAGAUUAA